UCUGUGUAAUCGGAUCCUGUUGCCGGGCUGCCGCGGGGAAGCUUUUGGGCGUGGGACCGCGAGAAGCCGCUUGUAAACAGAGCCGGGCCGGGAUGGUCGGCAGCUGGAGCGCAGUCGCUGGCGGUGAGGAGGGCGGGCUGCCCGGGUCGGGGUCCUGCCGGGGGUCGGCUGCAGGCCGCAGGGGAGAAGGGACCAGAGCCGCGGAAACUGAGGAUUGGCCAUACAUUGCUUUGGCAAACACCGCCCGCCCUGCUGUCUUCCCUGAGAUCUCUAAGAACAAGGCCCGUGCUCCUGUGCUUAGCCUUCUCUAGGCAGCCAGAUGAAGAUUGCUUCCUCUUGUUUUCACAGUUGUAUUGCUGAACCACCUCUCUCUGUUGGCUGAGUGUUCAUGACACCUCUUCCUGAAGCAGGUUAGAAGCUUGGACCCUGUGUCAUGGAAGCUUUGGAAGUAGAUGACAUCAGCCCCGCCUUAGAGGUUACUGAGGAUUUCUUUAGUACUUUUGACAGUAAGCUGGAAAAGGCUGUCCAACAAGCAGAGGUUUACGGGAUCCAAGAAGUCCCUGAACUGGUGGGGCAUGAGGUACUUGGUAACAUAGCAGAUAAUGGUGCUUUAAGAAGCGUUGCUUCCCUGGGCAAGGGGACAAUGAUUUGGGACCACUGUAAGAGCAGGCUUUUAGAAACCAAAGCUCAAAAUGUCUUCCCUGCCAAAGAACAGCUUAUGGUCCAGAGAGGGACAGCCCCAGAUAAUCUUUCCUGGAUGGCACAAAAGGAAGCGUCAACCUUCAAUUUUUUCAACAUCUGUCAGCGUCGGAGGGACAGACCUCGUUCUGUGAAUGACUUAUUGGAUGAGACCACAACUUUCAAGCCAGGCCAUGCUCGGUCAAGGUCCGAUGUUACCCACGUAGACUGGCGGGUAGUCCUUAGCACCAUGCCUUUGCAGCAGCAGCAGCAGCAGCAGCAGGCGUCCCUUCAAGGCAUUCACUUUCCCGGGCCAUCUUUUCUGUUGUCUUCACCCAGCAAGGUUGAAGAUGCUCAAGGAAAUACAGAACACAAGCAGACAUUCCCAAACAUCCUGAAGAAGGGUUAUCUGGAGAUCAGGAAGAACCAUGACAGUUACUGGCAGAGCUGUUAUGCAGAACUCUCACCCUACAACUUAAACUUCUACAGCCUUGAUAGCAGUGGCAAUCAAAACCUGUAUGCCACAUACCAGCUUUCCCACUUCCAGAGCAUCUCUGUUUUAGGCAAUCUUGAAGCUAGGAUGGUAGACACUGUUCUCUAUGACAAUUCUCAACUGCAGCUAAAGGCAGAGUCUCCAUGGGAGGCAUUGGACUGGGGGCAGAAGCUCUGGGAAGUCGUGCAUGCUGCUGUACCCAAUUACAUGGGACGGCAGGGUGAGAUGGCAAACUCUCCAGGACUCAUCCAUCAUGGUGACUGUGCACAGAACCACUGUUUACAGAAGAAAUCCAGUGGGCUGCUGGCCUCCCCUGUCUUGGAUAGCCCCAAACAGUACCAAAAUAUCCUCAAAUCAGGGACACUCUACAGACUGACUGUCCAAAACAACUGGAAGGCCUUUACAUUUGUGCUGAGCAAGGCCUAUCUUAUGGCUUUCCACCCCGGCAAGCUAGACGAAGAUCCCCUGUUGAGCUACAAUGUGGAUGUGUGUCUGGCUGUGCAGAUAGACAACCUGGAUGGUUGUGACUCUUGCUUUCAAGUCAUUUUUCCCCAGGAUGUCCUCCGCCUCCGGGCUGAGACCCGACAGAGGGCUCAGGAAUGGAUGGAGGCUCUGAAGACAGCAGCCAACGCUGCAAGGAGUUCUGAGCAAAACCUGCAAGUCACACUGCGGAACAAGCCCAAGGAUCAGCUAGAUGGCCGCGAGCUGCGGAAGAACAAACGCCAGUCUGUGACCACCAGCUUCCUGAGCAUCCUGACCACGCUGUCUUUGGAGCGAGGACUCACUGCUCAGAGUUUCAAAUGUGCAGGGUGCCAGCGAUCUAUUGGUCUCUCUAACGGAAAGGCCAAGGUGUGCAAUUAUAGCGGGUGGUACUACUGCAGCAGCUGCCAUGUGGACGACAGCUUUCUCAUCCCAGCACGCAUAGUUCACAACUGGGACACCUCAAAAUACAAGGUAUCCAAGCAGGCCAAGGAGUUUCUGGAGUAUGUGUACGAAGAACCUCUGAUCGACAUCCAGCAGGAGAACCCCAUGCUGUACCUCCAUGCUGAGCCACUGGCCACCGUUGUACGGCUUCGACAGCGGUUGAAGUCACUCCGGGCCUAUUUGUUCAGCUGCCGGGCAGCAGUGGCGGAGGAUCUGCGCCGCAGAAUUUUCCCCAGAGAAUAUCUCCUUCAACAGAUCCACCUGUACUCUCUCGCUGACCUGCAGCAGGUGAUAGAGGGAAAGCUGGCUCCAUUCUUGGGAAAGGUCAUUAAAUUCGCCACCGCGCAUGUCUACAGCUGCAGUCUCUGUAGCCAGAAAGGGUUCAUCUGUGAGAUCUGUAACAACGGCGAGAUCCUCUACCCCUUCGAGGACAUUUCAACAAGCAGAUGUGAAAGCUGUGGAGCUGUCUUCCAUUCUGAGUGCAAAGAAAAGUCUGUCCCCUGCCCACGGUGUGUCCGACGGGAACUGCAGAAGAAGCAGAAGUCCUUCUGGCGGCAGCUGAACGUGGACGAGAGCCUGGAGGAGGCAUGCGCCAUGUUCGAGCUGUCCUACCAAAGCACCUGACUGUAGGCCAGGAUGCACUCUCCACCGCCCAAGGGGCUGCCCGUGCCCAUGCAGAUGAGGCUGUUCCUUCUUCAGCUAGAUGUAGAUAGAUAAGUUAUUUAUUUAUAUUAUAUACACCUAUACGUCCUGUACGUAUGAUGCUUUGUAUAACUCAUUGUCCAAGAAGUUCACAAAGAUCUUGUGGAUGAACUCCUACAGAUAGCUGAGUUACCCUUGGCCAUGACAUUUGCUGCUUGCUCCCAGCAAAUGUGAUUGACACACAUUGCUCUGUAGUUCAGACCCCUUCAUACACACUGGCUCUCAGGGCCAGUUGACUGCACAAGUAUUGGAGGAAACACCUCUCACAGCAAAGCUUUGCAUUGCUACUGACAUUUAGCCUUUGCUGGGGAAACUGAGGUAGAGCCAUUGUCAUCUGCUUCACAAGGACAUCCCUAAAACACAAGAAUGUUUCUGGAUACUUCCAGGCCCAGAGUCUUUGGCAGAGAUGGGAAGAGUGAAGCAGAGCCACAUAGCAGAAAGCGAGAGGCCCCUUCCUUCAACAGAGAGCAUCAGGAACUGAGCUGCGUUGGGUGUGAACUCAGUCCCUGAGAGAGAGUACAGAAAGCGAGGACCUCAGUGGCCAGUCACUUCAUGUCGUUGUCUGUUGGCUGGUACGAAGCCCAGCACCUUCCUGAUGAUCAGAGUCUACAAUGCCUGCCAGAGAGUGCACAUGGGUGCCCUAAGAACAGUUCCAAGCGUGGAAUGGAGGACACUGGUCAUGUUUUUCACGGUGCUGCCCAGGAGGAAGUGUCCCAGGAUUGCACUCAAGCGCAUCAGUGCAUAGUCUGCUAGGUAGAGUUUACUGCACGCAUCUUGGAGGACCGGAUGUUUCCUUCCCCAGAGCCCUCCAUCGGCAGGACCCACCUGUCGUUUGAAUGUUUUAUUUCUCCUUGUCCUUCACAGCACUUUUGACCUUUAUUCAGUCCGCGUAACUACUCUUGCUUUUGUAUCCUGGAUGUUUUGUUUGUUUGGGAUGGGGACAUAUUUUAAGACAGGGUCCUGCUAUAUAUCCCUGGCUGGCCUCUAACCUGUGACCCUGCUGCCUCAUCCUCCAAAUGCUGGGACUAUAGGUAUGCACCAUCAUACCUGGCUUUACUUGUUUUUAAUUAUUUUUAAAAAAUAUUUAAAAGUAAAAAUUAUGUAAUUAUUAAAAGUUAUUAAGAAGUAACAUUUUGAAAAAUACAAACCUAAACUAUUAAGAAAAUACCAAACAUAAAUAGAAUUAAUGAAUUAAUAUUAUCGAAAUAAGUAGAUAUAUACAUAUAUAAUUGCCACCUUACAGUAACACAAAGAGUAACUAGCGUGGUAGGAAUGGGAAGUGGAUCACUUCGCUCUUUGGAGGGUAGUGUACUCCCACUGUGAUCCCCUUCCUUGUAAGAGCCUGCAUAGUUGUCACUGUGACCAAGAUGGCUGCUAGGAAGGCACUGAGACCCUGGCGGCCAGCAUUCCUUCUUCCUUAACUCUUUCCAAGGCAGGAGAAUGGACUCACCAGGAAGUACUUGUUUGUGUCUUUCACCUGGAGCUGGUGUUGCCCACUGCCGCCCAUGCUUCUGUCCUUUGGGAUUUUCACUGCUGUUCAGAUCAGGGGAAACACUGGCUCACAGAGAACGCAGGGGUUCAACUCCAAGUUGCUCCCACAGGCACCAGCUCUCGAUGCUUCAGUCUAGUGGGAGACAUUCAGCUGACUUGUGCAGUUAGAGGCAAGCAUUUCACCUCUUGGCCCACACCAUUUCCUUUGGCCCCAGACCAUGCAGUUGAACGCCACACGUGUGUUCAUUUCCUAGCUACCCGGAAGCUAUAGCCAAGGCAUGAAACUUGGUAAAAGGCCAGGGCCCUAUUUACCAGACACCUCACGGUGCCUUUUAUAAACUCUUGGGAAGGCAGGUUGACCUCACUGGAAUGAGUGGUAGGGAAUGUUGCGCAUAAAGGACAAAGGUGGGAAGUCUCAAACACUUGGCAAAACAGACAAACAGAUUUGAGUCUCUCUCUUCCUCCUCUUGUUCAUGAAAUACAGUAUUUAUAUUUUCCAGCCUCAGAGAACAGAACAUGAUCUUUCACUGGAGAAUUCUAGACCUGCUUAUUAUGAAACAGAUGUGCUCCCGUGGCACAGUGCCUUCUCCCUCCACCCCCAGUCCCUGUCACCGUAGCUUACUCUUGACCUUUGCUGAAACUAAUGUAUCUGUGAUUCUGACUGUCAGAGACGCCAUUCCCAGCACACUGAGCACAGAGACUUGAAGAACAGAGCCCCCGACCCCAGGUUGGCCCCAUGUCCUGCCCCAACUCACAGGUGCCCAAGAUUAGACCUAAUAAAAGCCGAGGGUGAAAUCUGGAUCCCUGUUUAGCACACCUGAGUUGUCUGUCCCCACUGCCCCUUAGAGGGCCUUGCUGUGUGUGAGCGGACCUUGGACACUCCUAAGACCUUUCCCUGGACAUUGCUUCGUGUUUAUUUUUUAAAGGGAAAGAUAAGCAUGCUGUCACUCAUGAUCUGGAAUUGGAGCCAUGUCCUGCUACUUCUGUUUUCACUAUGGUCCAUGCCCGCUCAGGACUCACAACAGCGUUCUCUGCCACCACCACCGGAAUCUGAUAGGACACCGUGGAGCCAGAUCAGGAGUUGGAUCUGCCAUGAAAAUUCAAAAUUGCUAUUUUCAGCCCAGAAUGUCUCAGAGUGCAUGAAGGCCCUUACUGUUUUCAGGUCUAACAAAUGACUUGGUGCAGUGUUAGGUAGUUGUUCCACUGCUUAGAAACCAUCGAAACAAAAGCAAGCCUGUGCAUUUCCACCUCCUUUUUUUUCAUCUCAGUAAAUACCAUACACGUAAAGCAUAAUGGAAAACGGUCCAUUAAUCUCCUGGAGCUGCUUGCAAAGCCCAGGGAACGGCUUUUCACUAAACAGCCAUUCCCUGGUGUAGCACAAGAAUUCCCUCCUGCUAGUGCCAGAAACUCAUGUGUGACACCAUCCAGCCCGGGGGAAGUGUUGGCACCCAACCCCACCGUUAAGAAACCAGUUCCUAAAAUAGACCUGCAUUUGCACCGCAGUAGGAAGGCUGCAGGGUGCUCCAAAGGCAGUCAGCUCUGAUGGGAGAGGAGUUCUUUCCAGGGCUGCCUGUUCCCAAAGUUGGACACAGCCUUAUAUGAAAACCAUGCAAACUCUGUCUUCCCCCUGACUUCAUGUGCUGAAUAACAGCCAUCUUUUGGGAGUUUUUACAUUUGAUGAGCUGAAAGGUUAACUGCUUCUUGAUUCUUCUAUAAUAGGCCUCUACCAAAAAAAAAAAAAGGAGUGUGUGAUUACAGUGCCUCGGGAUUCGAAGGUUCCAAUACAGUCUGAAAUAGCCCCGUGCUGUGAUUCCCCUCAGCUGCCCCAAAACAAAGGUGUCUGUGUCACUCUGUCACUGUGGCUGAGUUGCAGCACACCCUCGGUGAGGUCUGGCCUGUCUCUGCUUGUCAUGUGUGCACACUGCACAUGAGCACUGACAGAUUGCUUUCUGCAACUCCUCCAGGAAGCUUGGCUUGCAGCCCUGCAAGUUCAUUCUCCAUCCGUGGCCCAGAGAUCUCCAGACACAAACUACCUAUGAUAGCAGGAGCACAGUGAUACAGGACCACAGUAAUGCCACACACCCUGAGCACCAAGAGCAAAGCCCGCUGCCAGCAAGGAAGUAGAGAAAAGUUCUGCUGCUAGUUCAGGGGAGCUCUGCCCUCUCACCCUGCAGAUCAGCUCUGGGUCUUCUCCCAAGCUUUGCUGAAAUAGUCAGAUUAGAAAUUAGGCUUUGACCCUUAGUUGGAAUACUGCCUGUUCCCAACACAGACUAUUUUAUUUUGUUUGAUUUGGUUUUUCUUAUGGUAAAUAGGGAAGUGUGCAAUAUUGUUUUGGGAGUUUUCUACAUGACUUUUCAUCUUCUGAAAUAAUGUGGAGAUGUCAGGAAUUUGAGACAAAGGGGAAAGAAGCUAGCCCUUUCUUCCUUGGCCACUUCUCCCUGGAGCCUCUGGCCCUUGUCAUCCAUUCCUUGGUACUGACUCAGUAGUGGUGGUGGGCAUUAGGAACGUGGCUCACUGCUCUGCCUGUCCCACUCGCCUGACCCCAGCAUACUACAAGCUACGUGAGUAAACCCCUCAGCUAAUCUAACCAAUGCUGAUCUCUGUCACAGGGACAGUUUCUUAACAGUUAAGUUUUAGCACCCAGUAGUCUCUCUGUAGGCACUUCUGUCCUUUAGAUUCAAAACUCUCUGACUUGAGGUUGUUUGUUUGUUUGUUUGUUUGUUUUCUGGUAUGUUUUAGUGGGUGCGGGGCUAAAACAAAAAAAUCUACAUCACUGUAAAACUCUGGGUGAAAGGGAAAAUGUAGCUGAGCCUCUCCAGCAUUUGCCAGUGUGUUUUAUGUAAGAUGGGUUCCUGGUGACCAUGGCAUGUAGCACUGUCUCCAUAGAGUAGGCUCUGAUGUGAUGGGAGGCACUAGUGAGAGGGACCCAGGCUGCUCUGCUAGGGCUCUGCUCUGAGGGAAAAGAGACGCUGGCUGCUGUCGUUUUAGAAAGCUCCCUAGUGAAGCCACUUGUUUCCCAGGCCAGAUGAACAAGACACCUAGGACAGCUCUUCCACAGUUGGGCCCAUCUGGCCAGCCUUGGAAGCUGUAACCCAGCCCUGUCCCCUCCCAUGAUUGCCUUGCCUGCUUGCUUCCUCAGCCCUGGGCCAGGUUUGAGGCUCAUGUUAAUAAACCACCUAGAGACCAACUGGCCAGCGGCCCUUCCUUCCCACCGGUUCAUCUCCCUGUAGGAGUGCCUUAUAGUCUAGUCUAGUCUCUGACCCACUUGAAGCCUGCAGGACCCUUCAACCAACUAUGGAUCCCUUCGCGCUUCCCUGCUGGCUCUUGUUCAGUACACAGCCCACCUGGAGCCUGUGUAUUCCGAGAUGCACGUCCACCUUUGCUUAACCUGGUGCCUUAACUUCACAAGUAAAGGGAUUCACAUUGCAAACGCAUUAUCUGAGUGAAACAUCAGUUUCUUCGGUGCCAUUGGCACUUUUACCAGGAAAUACAAUAGGCAUAAUCAUACAAUGUUUUGACUUUAUUUUAUGAUGUUUCUCAGCCACUCUUUGUUUGCUUGCUUUCAUUAACCAAACUCAGGGGAAUGUCAUGUCACCACAGUCAAUGGGGAAAGAAAGAAAACUAGCUAUGCAGAAGUGAAUGACAAAGUCUGUGAACUUAGUCUUUACUAGGUUCAGAAGUGACAUCAACAGGAGGAUUUUUUUCCUUUAUUGUAUAAAGAUUCUCUUUACUUGCCACCUGUGUUCCACGUAGAAGGUGGGAAGCCUCGGGGAUGUGUGUGGAUGACAGUGUCCCUAUUUUCGCCGGGGCAGUCCACCAAGCCACCGGAUCAGGCCCUCAUUGCAGUGAGCUCUGCCUCUGGUUACCUGUCCGGCUCUUACUGUAAACAGUCCUUACCUGUCUCCAAGGAAUGAUAAAGGGAGGAGGACGCCAAGACUGCAGGUGAAGAGCAAGAGUGUGUGACGUGGAUGGUCCUGUAUAGCUCGUUCUCGGGCUCCUAGCUCAGAUCCGAGUCAUUCCCCUUCCUUCUGCUCAUGCGGUACAGAAGCAAUCAGGAUGUGCCUUUGAGCUGUUCCUUCUCUCUGUUAGUUAUUCGCAAUAGCUAAUGUGCUAGUUUACGUGGUCCCUGUUGUCUGGAUCUGAUUGCCUUUUUUGGUUAAUUUAUCCAUAUUUUUGUUUACAUUAUUUUUAAAGCUAGUAACUGUAAUAGUAUAAAAUUGAAGUUGUGCUGUUGACAGGACAUCUCUCUCUCUCUUUUUUUUUUACAUUUAUCUGUCACAAUAAUUUAAGUGCACCUGUUCCUAAUGUAUAAAGUUCUCUCCCUCUCAAUAAAUGACAAUGGAAGUA